AGCAACCGUAGCGAGCAGUGGCCAGUUUACAUUUUGGAGUCAUAAAAGUUUCCACGCUCUCCAUGGAUAGGGCUUUUUUGUUGUUGUUCUUCGUGGCAAUGAGGGUGGCUGGCGAUGGAACUCACACAAUUUGGGAGCAUCGCUGUGAUCCUGGUUCGGAGGUGUUUGCCUGCUCCGUGGCCUCUUUUAUUUACAAUCCUGGCGAGAAACAUUCGCGACUCAUCGUUCCGGACAGGGUACGAAAAAUUCGACUACUUUAUCCGUGGGAGAAGAUCGUAAACGAACGUGACAAAAUUCUGGCAUACGAUAAGGUGCUGCAUGCUGAAUUGAACCAUCCACGAGCGAUAUACAUCAAUUAUGGUGAUAUUCGCACGAUCGAGAUUCCGGUGGAUUUGGAAUACGCCGAGUUCCAGAAAAACAAAAUUGAAAAAGUGAUUGCCCCAGAAGCGCGUCUAGUGAGUGCUAAAUACUCGCUACGAUACUUGGAUCUGACACGAAACCAUUUAGCCGACAUUGCCAACUUAAGUGCACUGGUGAACCUGGAAACCCUCAUCUUGCAGGAUAAUCGUUUAAAAUCGGUUGACACACAAAUGUUCGAACCUUUUGCAAAUCUAACCACCCUGGUGCUGACGGGUUGCUGGCUAAGGAACCUCGAUUUGCAACAGUUACCACCAUCGCUGGUAUACCUAGGGAUCAGUUCUAACCGCCUUUCUGAGGUAUAUUUCGACAAAAUGCAUCUACCGGACCUGGAAGUGCUAUCGAUGAAAAGGAACGACCUCUUCAGAUUGAAUAUACACGCCCUACGGGAGGCCGCACCUAACUUGAAGUUACUGCAGAUUGCCAGAAAUCAUUUUGGCUCCAAUGUAACUGCUGCGCUGUUGACUGCACUACAAAACUCGCCCAUUCUGUUCGACGAUUUCGAUGAACGCAGUCAAGGCUCAUUUCAGUGGAACGGUGUCAGAGACCAUCAGGACAGGCAGCGCCAGAUAGUGCAUCACGUGUUGUGCAUCUGGUCCCUGACGGUGGUAAACUUGACCCUCUUCGCAUGGGUCGGGUAUCGUUUUUGGAAAACUAGAAAAUCCAACGCACCAGAACCGACGGAGCAAGCGUAACGCAAACAGACGGCAGCGAACCGACUUUUGGACAGUUUUUGUUGGUUGUAGAUUUAUAGUUAAACUUGUUGAUUUAUCCACAGAUUCAUACAUUUCCAA